AUGUCGUGUGAAUCAUGCACAGGAUGCUUCGAGGCAGCACCAUGCAGCGCUCCAUCUCCCUCGCUCAACGGACACAUCUCAAAGACAUACCGCCACUUCCUCAAGGCCGCACAGGUCUGCGAGAGUCUUCUUGCCCUGCCGCAGCGGGAUAAUAUCAGGAGUAGUGUCAAAACGAGACAGGAGGACAACAGCAACAUCAACGAUUACAGUAACAGCAGCUACGACAGCAACAACAACAACAACAACAAGAGGGUCGACCAUGGGUUCAAUACCCUCAUCGGGAUCCUGGCCAACAACCAGUUCACUGCCCAGACCUAUCUAGCAUUGGCCUACAAGCAGCUCGGCCCCUCGGCAUUUCUGCAGAUGUCUCGGAGACUGGCCCACCACGGGUUCUGGGGGCGACUGCUGACGUGGGCCUUUUUGUUUGUCAAGGAGGAUAGCCAGAGGCUGCUGAGGUUGCUUGUUGAUCAGCCGCAAGAUGAGGGUGAGAGUGGGAGUGAAGUAGAGAGCCAGGAGUUGAGGGAGGAAGAACUGAGAGCAGAUCUGGUGCAGAGGGUGAAUGACGAGGCAGAGAUGUUUGAGGUGUUCAACCCUGCAGUGAAGUGCCAGCGGGUGCACUGGAACCUCGAACCCCUACCUCACUCUCAUUAA